CUGCACUCGCCCACGAUUUCCAUCUCCAUUUUCCCAGUUGGAAACCGAAGAGUCCUCGGGUAUGAUCACCACCGUUGGUUUGAAUUAUCCUUGGAGUACGAUGGGGAUGAAUUUGUGACACGUGGCGAAAUCUAGUGGGGAUGACAACGUAUGGGUCAUGUCUCAAAGUGCAAUGAUUGUGUAUAGAAAAAGUUGCAUGCCUCCUCCCACCUUAGCCGGUUUAUCCAACACGCAAAGUUUGAUAGCGAUGGAGGAUCACGGCCACGGCGGCAGCAACGAGAGUGAGACUUGAUGCACGCCCAGCUCGAAUGAUUGAUGGAUCUCGGCCGUACAAUAUGGGGACUUUGUUCCCACUAGGACUCGGGUGCAGGAUAAAGUACUGAACCCUGCAGCAGAGUAGCAGACCCCAGAAGCGCCAGCAACAGCAAACAAACCUUCUUAUUAUGAAGAUUGUUCAAAUUGAAGGAGGCAUUCACUUCCCCUGCAGGACCGUCUAUUUGCCCAUCAAGAAAGCUGUGGCCAUGAGGGAGAGAGGCAAAGCUUUGGAAGUUUACAGCAACGACAUGGAUUUCUAUUCCUCUGCUUCGGAGUUUCCAUGUAAGAAACAUCCUUCUUCUUCCUCUGUUGGUAUCUGUGCUGAUUGUUUGAAAGAUCGGUUGAUCAAGCUGGUUUGUUCCGACUGUGGAGAGCAGAGGCUCUCCUCUUGCUCCUGCUCUGAGAUCUCAUCCAAUCGAAAUUCUUGUACUGUGGAAGUGGGAAGUGUUGGAAGAGUUUCGUUUUUGAUUGAGAAUGAGAGAAAUGGCGUUUCGUUGUUGGGUCCGAUGAAGCCUAAGAUGGAGAAAAGGGAAGAGGUUGUUCUUCUGGAGAGAAGUAGUAGUAGCUGUGUGGAGAUUAAGAAGAGUGGGUUUUGGAGGAUCGGGAAAUUUUUCAGGAAGAAGAGGGAGAAGGGAUGUGAGAGAUCAAGCGUUUGUGGGUUCGAUGAAAAGAGCGAUAUUUGUAUGGUUGAUUACAUGGGUGUAUCGAGGUCGAGAUCUCUCUGUAGCUUUCGUGGUGGUGGGUAUUUUGGGUCGGAGGACGGCGGAGACAUGGUGGCUUCUGGUGGCCGGAGCUCGAUUUCAGGUGCUAGAACUUCGAGUGUCAAUGGAGGACUCGUCUGUGAUUCCGCCAGAAGAAGUGGAUUCAGUGAAACAGAGCCUAGAAAAAGUGGUUUCGAGAGCGAUCACAGAGAAUGUGGGAAUUAUGAAAGCGAUCAGAAUGGGUUUAGCUUAGCUAAUAGACGCGUUUUUUCUUUGAAAGAAAGUGAUUUCAAUGGAAUGGAUGAAUCAGGGUUCAUAGAUUUCAAGUUGGAUUUCACAUCAGAAUCAAAAUCAGAUAUCUCUGUUCCCAAAAUGGGUAUGGGUAUGGGUCUGGGCCUUCUCUCAAACCCCAACUCUGCUUUUGGAAGCACCAGAGCGUUUGAGAUGGCGGCGCAUGACUGCAGCAGAGGGCUUUACGGUGGUGCCGCCGGCGAGGGAAUCAUCGGAGGAGGCGGCGGCGGAGGUUCCUGUAGGAUAACAGUUAGUGACAGAGGGAUAAAGAAGGGGAGGAAAAGCUUGAAAGCAUGGAAAUGGAUAUUCAAGCAUCCGCCAAACUGGGCAAAUGCAAGUGCGAGGAAGAAAGAAGACUUAAUGUCCAAAACUUGAAUUUAAUAAGAACAAGUGAAAGUUUCUCUUCUUUUCUUAUUUGAUGUGUAGGUCCGUACAAAUAUUGAUCUGUAUUUCUGUCAUGUUUCCGAAUAUAGUUGGUAAUUGUUUUACAACUUUAAA